CCGGUCAAAGUAAACGAUGGUCCAGUAAGAGCUAGCGUAGUCUCGUUUUUCUUCUGCGAAAAAUGCGAGUUAUGCGGUAUUCUGCCCUUAAAAUUAUAGACCCAACACUAAAUUAUCAUUUAAAUCUUCUUGUCUGGAUAAAUUCGCGUCGGUGGUGCAAGUUGAAGCUUUCUCGGCCUUGCUAGCUUAGCUCGCUAGCCGCGAACAAAGAGACGCGUUUGUUCGGAACACAUCGCAAAGUGUUGUGGCUAUCGUGUGAAAAUGUGUGCAAGGACGACAGCAAAGUACAAGAAGGAACAUUUUGAAAAGAAUGAAGAGAACGAGCGACAUCGUCAACUUGUGGACGCUGUUCGCAAGCAGCCUCGUGAUGUGUUACACAGAGCAGACAUCAGUGAGGAUCUUCAUCCUGAAAAGCAGGAGCCAGAGCCCACUCGCAUUAAAGAGGAAGUGGAGAACGAAGAGGUCCCCCAUAUCAAAGAGGAAGAGGUAUUGGAGCCCGUUUCCAUUAAAAAAGAGGAGGAAGAAGAGCGCCCUCACAUCAAACAGGAAGAGGAGGAGGUAAUCACCAAGUUUCUAUUGACUGAUAACGCUUUGAAGAGAGAAAAUGAAGGACAAAGUGAGGAGAGCAGAAGAGGGGCGGAGCCUCCAAGCAGCAACAGCAGCUCAAGUCAACACAUGACAACAGAAGGUGAUGGAGACCACUGUGGAGGAUCACAAGCAGACGGCCUCUUCGCUCCAUUAUCAGAUAGUGACGACACAACGUCACACUCUCCUCACAUUGAUGAUGAUGAUAAACAGUCUGAAGGUGAUAUGACAUGUCGCACUGACAACAGACGAUGGAAAUGUUCUCAGUGUGGGAAAACAUUUGCUUGUAAGAAGACUUUGAAACACCACAUGAUAACACACACUGGUGAGAAACCUUUUUCUUGCUCAGUUUGUAGUAAGAGAUUCACUCAGAAGCGAUAUUUAAAAAGACACACAAGAAUGCACACUGGUGAGAAACCUUUUUCCUGCUCAGUUUGCAGUAAAAGAUUCAUACAGCAGGGACAUUUAAAAAGACACACGAGAACUCACACUGGAGAGAAACCUUUUUGCUGCUCAGUUUGUGGUCAAAGAUACUCUGAUCGGGGACAAUUAAAAAGUCACACAAGAAUCCACACUGGUGAGAAACCUUAUGCCUGCUCAGUUUGUGGUCGAAGGUUCUCCCAAAAUGGACACCUUAAAAGCCAUAUAAGAACCCACACUGGUGAGAAACCUUUUUCCUGCUCAGUUUGUUGUAAAAGAUUUGCUCAGAAGCGACAUUUAAAAAUCCACACCAGAACCCACACUGGUGAGAAACCUUUUUCCUGCUCAGUUUGCAGUGAAAGAUUCACUCUGAAGGGACAUCUAAAAAUACACACAACAACGCACAUUGGAAAGAAACCUUUUUCGUGCUUGGAUUGUGGCCAAAGAUUCUCUCAGAAGGGAGACUUAAAAAUACACAGAAGAAUGCACACUGGAGAGAAACCUUAUUCCUGCUCAGACUGGGAUGAAAUAGUCUAAUAUAAGGAACAAUUAAAAAUACACACAAGAAAGCACGUUAGUGAGAAACUUUUUUCCUGCUCGGUUUGCAGUUAAAGAUUCACUCAAAAGCAACACUUAAAAAUACACAAAAGAACGCACACAGAAGAGAAACCCUUUUCCUGCUCAGUUUGUAGUCAAAGAUUCUCUCGUAAGGGAUAAGACACAAAAAAGUGUGUUAGUGAGAAUAGCAGUGAUCAAUAAGCUUCCAAUGAAAAUGUAAAUGUUGUCUAUCAAAACUAAUUACUAUCUUACUGACUUACAACAAUACAUUCGUGUACUCAGUGUCCCAUCUUCUAUUUUAUCCAUCUUCUUCUUGUCCGUAUAUUUUUGAAAAAGCUCCUGUGGGGAAGUGUUGAGAUUUAGCACUGGUGCCAAAAUACUUGAACGGAACUAGUUACUGAUGAGACCAUAGGCACUUAUUCUGUAGUUCUGGACUUACAAAUGUUGUUUGCAGAAAAGAAGCCUUCCAAAAUAGCUUCAGUUGUGAUGAUAGGCUCGUUUUUUGAUGAAAUAUUUCAGCCAGAUUUUGGCCCCUCCCACCUUUUGGACAGUCAGCCUGUUACACGUAGCGAUCAGGAGCCGGUUACCUUUCCUCACUGCUCUCUGUGGUGUAAUUUUUGCCCAUAUUGAAAGUCUGGGUGUUGUUUUCUUGACAAUAAGUUAAAAUUGUGAAAGUAAAAUAUGUUUCAAGGCUUGUUUAAAAAAAUAAAAAUAAAUUGACCGUUGGAAUACCUCCUUUAGGAAAGAAGACAGCCACCGUCGUCCCACAUGAAUUCUUGGAGAUUCAUUUCCUCAUUUGUCAGCUCACUUUUGAAUUGUGAGCCCCAAACAUGUCUUGAAGCUGUCCCAGUAGAGUUCUUGUAGAUCACAAAGGCGUUUCUAUAGGUGGAAUUGUGUGAAGGACUUGGGCUGGCUGUCAGAACAUCGGGUGACCCAUGACGAGGCUCUCCCUGCCCAACGCGUUACGUCGCUUUAUGUUCAGAAACUGCGGCUGAUCUUAUCUGAUCCAUUAAAUCUAAAAUAUUGGGCUGAUUGUUUUCAGAGGUUGAAGCUGCCAUGAGUGUAUAUGUGUGUGUGUGUAUAUAUAUAUAUAUAUAUAUAUAAAGCAUACAUUUUGGUGAUUGUUGACAGUUUUGGGACAUGAAAACCACCUUUCUUGGGUUCUUACAUGAGGUUUGCAGGGUUAGUUUAAUUUUGUUGAGCAAAAAAUACAUAAAAUAAACUUCUUAGUAAAAUAUGGACCAUUAAGAGCCAUACACCCUUCAAGCAAUGCAUGCGUUCUUGGCGUUUUAGUGAUGUCAAUAUCAGGUAAGUGAAGAUUGAUUGAACUAGACUAAAGAAACUUUGACUUUUGGUGGUAAAGUGUAAAUGUGAUCCAUAAUAAAAUACAACUCU